CGUGACGCAUCUACGUCACAUGUAAACCAGGGGGAAGAUGGCGGCCGCCGGAGGAGAGUCGUCCACCGAGAAUGUGUCGGAUGAAUUAUUUAACAAUUUUUACACGGAGGUAAAGCAGAUUGAGAAGAGAGACUCUGUGCUGACCUCCAAGCAGCAGAUUGACAGACUGCUGAGACCAGGCUCAUCCUACUUCAAUCUCAAUCCAUUUGAGGUUCUGCAAAUUGAUCCAGAGGCAACAGACGAUGAAUUGAAGAAAAGAUUUCGGGCGUUGUCCAUUUUGGUCCAUCCAGACAAGAACCAGGGUGAUCCAGACAGAGCACAGAAAGCCUUUGAAGCUGUGGAUAAGGCGUACAAACUCCUACUUGAGCCAGAGCAGAGAAAGAGAGCCUUAGACGUGAUCCAUGCAGGACAGGAAUAUGUGGAGCAUAAUGUGAAGGAGAAAAGGAAACAGUUGAAGAAGGAAGGAAAGCCAAUAGAUGUGGAGGAGGACGACCCUGAAAUGUUUAAGCAAGCCGUUUACAAACAGACCAUGAAGCUGUUCGCAGAGCUCGAAAUCAAAAGAAAGGAAAGGGAAGCAAAGGAAAUGCAUGAAAGGAAAAGGGCAAGAGAGGAAGAAAUCGAGGCAGCAGAGAAAGCAAAGCGGGAGAGAGAAUGGCAGAAAAAUUUUGAGGAAACAAGAGAUGGGCGUGUGGACAGUUGGAGGACCUUUCAGGCCAAAGGCAAAAAGAGCAAGGAGAAGAAGAAUAGGUCCUUCCUCAAGCCUCCGAAAGUCAAGAUGGAACAGAGGGAAUGAUGCUGUAAAAUGGGACUUUAUUAGAAAAAAAACCCACUGUUAUAAAAACUCCAGUUGUGUGUGUCCUCACCUUGUCGUCCGCAAUCAACUAUGAAGUUGUUAUCACACAGUCACCGGGAUACUUCAUCAACCUGACCCUGACAAACGUAGUUUUGUACUUGGUUUUCUAAUGUACAUAAUUGUGAUCUAGACCCAGAGAUCAAACCUGCCUCACGUAAGAAAGACAAAAUGAUGCAUCUUCCACAUCUGUAACUGAGGAGAAAAUGUGGUUUAUCAUUGUUGUUUUUUUGGUUCUUUUUUUUUACUAAAUAAAGCUUGGUCUUAACAAGCAAAUCCUCACAGUGGUCUACAAAGUGGAGUCUGAAAAUUUUCACCAUAAAAUGAAAGGUAUGUAUGGGCGAGGUGUGGGGGAUUACUGUUUUGAGAAUCUGGUUGUUGUAAACACUUUACCAAGCCAGUCAAACUAAUUGGAUUUACACACAAAAUCUUGAAAUAUGCUGUCAGAUCUGAGCAGAAUAGGAAAACACUUUUGUGUUGGCCACCAGGUCACAAAAACAAGAGUUUAUAGUGAAAAUGCAGGUUUUGCAAUUAGUGUCUUAGUUUUGCAUGUCUUAAAUGUGUUAAAAUACUGUCAAUAAAAACACCUGACUGGU